AUGUUUAAAUCCUUUUCCAUCACCAAGUGCCAGACAUUACGCCCUAACACUUUCAAUGCUUUGAAAAAUGGUUAUCGUGCAUUUUCGUGUGGUAAAUCAGCAAAAGUUCAUCAUGAAAAAAUGUGUGAAUUUGAAAAGGAUACAAUCGGAUGUAGCCAAAACAAACAGUACUUGUUGGAUUUGAUGAAGAAUGACACCUUGGAUGUUCCAAAAAUUGUUGAUGAAUUUGAUGGCUUGUUGGAGAAGGAUAGGAUUUUAAAUGUUUAUGUGUAUGGAAGUCGAUUGUACGGAAAACCUUGUACAGAUGUCUAUAAAGUGAAUGGAGGAAGUGAUUAUGAUUUAUUGAUGAUUUAUGAUUUUGAAGAGGAGCCUGAACAUUUGCUCUUUAUUACCAAUCAGAAGGACAAUUAUUGUACUGAAACAUUUGAUUCUUUAUUACCAAGAUAUUUGAAAGGAAGGGGUUUAUUAAGCAAUAAUAAUCCUAAUUGCAAUAUUAUUGAUGAUACAAGUGUGGAACAGAUUUCUCAAUCAAUUAUUAAAAAGAAGAAUCUGAAAACUGGGGAUGUAACCUAUGCCUUUUCGAAAAUACCCAAAUAUGAAUUGGAUAUUUCAAUUUAUUCGAAACAACAGUUUUUAAAUCAAUUGAAAAAGAACAAAUUCAAUGAAUUGUUGGCUCUUUUACUCGAGCAGAGUGAAGAAUAUCAACGAUUUAUCAUUCAACAAUCCUUUAAAUUAUCAGAGGAAUUUCCAGAAAUGAAAAAUCGAAUUGAUCCAAAAUCAAUCAUUGAUUCAUUCAAUCCAUUCUCUAGCAUGGUAUGGAAAUUUUGUAAAGGACUCUAUGAACACGAAUGGGGUUGGGAUCCUCCAGAAGUUGACAUAUUCAAAGCUAAGAAACGAGUUAUUCACACACUUCGUAUUUGUCAUUACGCAAAGCAGAUUGCUAAUCAUGGAAAAAUAGUGGAUUGGCAUGUUUGUGACAUGUAUUUUAAUGACAUUUUUCAGAGAGAGGAAAAAUACAGUGAUUGGGAAGAAAUAUCAAAAGUAUAUGAUCCAAUAAGGAAUUCACUAGUUAAUGAUUUGGAAAAUUUUAAAGGAAAUUUAGAAUAG